UGUGCGCUUCAGCGCUGAAGCCUGCUCCUGGCCUGCCGCAGCCAGCUAAGGACCACUGAUUGCUUUAUGGUGUUUGGAUAGCUAGCUUAAGUGCCACUGCGCUGAAACAACCAAGAAGAGUUUCGGCCUCUUCGAAAGGGGGCGUGUGUUCCCCUGGCAACCCUCGUUACCUGAGUGUACGCUUGCUGCAAUGCCGGGCUGCUAUGGGAGCUGUUGGGAGCUGCACUGGGAGACAGAGAGGUCACGGUGAGCAGAGCCACGCUGAAGUGAGGACAGAGAACUGGAGAGAACUUCGAGGGCUGAGCACCAUGGAAGAGUUUAAAGUUCAGACCGCCAGGCACCCCGUGCCAAACAGCGCCCCCCUGAGGCCUCCAAGCGAGCAUUCAAAGGAGCGAGCCAAGCGGCUGUCGACGGACUCCAACGGGACAAGCGAGGGGGGCGCAGGGGCCAAAACGCCGGUGGAGCUCACGGCGCUGGAGGAGGCUUUCCGCCGCUUCGCUGUGCACGGAGACACGCGCGCCACCGGGAGGGACCUGCACGGCAAGAACUGGUCCAAGUUGUGCAAGGACUGUGGGGUCAUAGACGGCAAAAGUAUCACCCUUACGGAUGUGGACAUAGUCUUCUCCAAAGUCAAGAACAAAUCAAGCCGUACCAUCACGUAUAACCAGUUCAGGGAGGCUCUCUCAGAACUGGCCAGGAAGCGGUUUAAAGAUAAAACCAACGAAUAGGCAAGCGGAGGAGAUCUUCAAGAUGGUGGAAGGGAAGUCGCCCAUAUAUCUGGAGUCACGAGAGCUGUGGCAUCCCCAACUGUGUCACGUCUGACGGACACCACCAAGUUCACAGGCUCCCAUAAGGAGCGCUUCGACGAGACAGGCCGUGGGAAGGGCAAGGCUGGUCGGGUUGACCUGGUCGACAAGUCCGGAUACGUCUCCGGAUACAAGCAUGCAGGCACAUACGAGAAGAAAGUUCAACCAAAACCCCAGCAAAAACCAAUGUGAAAUUACUGUACAAUACAAACGAACAAGCAGAAAAGAUAAGCACAACAGCAUAAUAUUUUCCAUUCGUUUUCCAAGUCGUUUUUGUUUUCCUGUGAAUGAGAUCAGUUGUCUGUUCCUUUUCCAAUGCCUUUUGAGAACUGGAACACCGUUUACACUGACACUGAAAUGUCACCAGUGGGCACGCUCCUCUCGCUCAGCUGAAGCUCAAAGAGGCAAAAGAAAUUGGAAAUGUUUUAUAAAUUAAAACAGAUCUUAAAAACAGUCAUGAACUAGAAAUGAUGUUCACAAGAUUGAUACCAACAAGAAAAACACUACGCAGAAGAAAAAUACUUCAUGUAAUACCUACAGUAACCCACAUCCUAUAUGUAGGAGUUUAGAUUUGAGACUGUUGUUAUAGGAAAAAUGGAUGUGUAGUACUAGUUGCAUUUCUUGGCCUCUUGAAUUUAAGGAUACAUCAUUGGUAUAAAAGGUUUUUCUCUUCACUUGGUGGCUAUUUUAAUUCAUUUAUAUAUUUAAUAUUGACCCUUAUACUUGUGUGUUCUAUUGUGCAUCUUCCCCUGUGGUAAGAUUAUGUGUACAUUUCUUUUCCAUCUUUCUACAGAGCACAAUUGAUUGCAGGUCAUGUCCUCUUCAAUCCCCCUGAACUAAUUUACUUAACUUCAAUUAAUUCUACUGAUAUUAGAUUUUUGUGACUUUGUGCACACCUGUUUUAAAAGUAACAAAAUUUGACAAUUUAUAUGCUCUCAGCUGCUUGUGUGGUGUUUAAAGGAAUCACCAUUGUGAUCAAGAUUGUAUAUCUAAUAUUUUGUCAACGUUACUAUCCAUUCUAAAAUGUGUGGUGUAACUGUACGUAUUUCUGAUGCUAAAGCUUGAUAGCAUACUGUGAAAUACUGGCUGUAAUUUCUUUCCUGUUGAUGUCCAUCGUAUGACAGCAGUGUCAGGAAAUGCACUCAGAUCAGAUGGACAGGAAACAGCAUGUUUGCGUGAUGAUGCUCUUCAUCACUGCUGCCCCACAGCCUUGGCACACUAUAUUGUCAUCCUCUCCACCUAUGCACAACUCUCUUCACUCAGUCUCAGUCUGACUAUUGGACUAGCCACCAACCCUUAAAGGAAUCUCUCAGAUUGCAUAGAAAUAUGGAAAAAAAAAAAUGUGAAAGCAUUAGCAUUUGUAGCUGUUUUUUUAAAUACAAAAUAGUUUCUUAAAAAGAUUUGCAAUGCGUAAACCCACAUAGUACAUAAAACUUUUUGG